AUGUGGGCUGCUUCGUGCUUGGCGUCAUGCUGCGCCGCCUGCGCAUGCGACGCUUGCAGGACCGUCGUUUCCGGAAUCAGCCGUCGUUCAGCCAGGAUCGCUUACUGCGGUCUCUUCGCUCUUUCCCUCUUCGUUGCUUGGAUCCUCCGUGAAGUCGCUGCUCCUCUCAUGGAAUCAAUUCCCUGGAUUAAUCACUUUAAACAAACUCCUAGCCGGGAGUGGUUUGAGACAGAUGCAGUUCUGCGUGUUAGCUUUGGAAACUUUCUGUUCUUCACUAUUCUGGCUACUAUGAUGGUUGGUGUCAAAACUCAGAAGGAUCCUCGUGAUGGCUUGCAUCAUGGGGGUUGGAUGAUGAAAAUCAUCUGUUGGUGUCUAAUGGUUAUCCUUACGUUUUUUCUUCCUAAUGAGUUCAUCAGCUUUUAUGAAACAAUAUCAAAGUUUGGCUCUGGUUUGUUUCUUCUCGUUCAAGUUGUGCUCUUGUUGGAUUUUGUUCAUGGAUGGAAUGACAAAUGGGUUGGAUUUGAUGAACAAUUCUGGUAUGUUGCCUUAUUUGUUGUUUCACUUGUUUGUUAUGUUGCCACACUAGUAUUUUCGGGAGUUCUCUUUCACUUCUUCACACCAUCUGGACAAGACUGUGGAAUCAAUACCUUUUUUAUUACUAUGACCCUGUUGCUGGCAUUUGUUUUUGCUAUAGUAGCUUUGCACCCUGCGGUAAAUGGAAGCAUUUUGCCUGCUUCAGUAAUAUCGUUAUACUGCACUUAUCUUUGCUAUAGUGCACUAGCUAGUGAACCCAGAGAUUAUGCAUGCAAUGGUCUCCACAAACACUCAAAAGCAGUUUCCACUGGCUCUCUUACUUUGGGAUUAGUCACAACUGUUCUAUCAGUUGUGUAUUCUGCUGUGCGUGCUGGAUCUUCUGCUACAGUGCUUUCCCCACCAAGUUCUCCUCGUGCUGGGAAGCCCUUGCUUCCAUUGGAUGUUACGGAGGAAGAAAGUAAUGAGAAAGCAAAGCCGGUUUCAUAUUCAUAUGCCUUCUUCCACUUGAUUUUCUCUCUUGCUAGCAUGUAUUCUGCAAUGCUUCUGACAGGUUGGUCUACCUCUGUUGGAGAGAGUGGUAAGUUGGUUGAUGUGGGGUGGCCUUCAGUUUGGGUUCGGAUUGUCACUUGCUGGGCAACUGCUCUGCUAUACUUAUGGUCUCUUGUAGCUCCUAUCAUGUUCCCUGAGAGGGAGUUCUGA